AGCCUAAAGCUAAUCCGCCAUUUUCUUUCCUUCUCGGGAAAAGGAGAAGAAAAAAAGAAAAGAAAGCAUUCAAAGCUAAGAGACCCACCCGAAACCCCAAAUUGAUAAUAUUGUAAAAUCUGAGGUUCAAAUUGUUAUUUUGCGAUCUUUCUUUCAUCCAAUCAUAAUACUCUUUUCAUCUCCCUCUCUUUUUUUCUUUCCCUCAAACGACGAUAAUUCGAUUGCAUAGUUAAGAACUCCACAAGAACAUCGUCCUCCUUCCCAAAUUUUUUUUCUUAAUACCUUGAUUCUGGGGCUAUCUCUUUCUAAUUCCCCUCUAUUGAUUUUGUUUCUCCCUUCCUGGAAACCCCCAAUUCGUCUAUGUGAUGAUUUUUUCCCCUCUUCAAAUCCUAAACCCUAAUUCUUUGAUCGAGUGUUGAUUUCUUUGACGACGGUUCUCGAGCUGAGUUUGUUGUACGGAACCUUCAAAAUUUGUUGUAUACGAUUUUUCAGUUAAUGGGCACGAUUAAAUCUUGCAGGGAUACCUCUAAAUCCUACUCAAAUCUUCGGUCGCCGACGCCUCCACCAGUGACUUUUUCAACUUCUCGUUUCGAGACCGUCAAUGGAUCGCAUGAGUUCAAGAUCAAUGGGUAUUCCCUUAAUAAAGGGAUGGGGAUUGGGAAAUACAUCGCGUCUGAUACCUUUAUGGUUGGGGGAUAUGCGUUUGCUAUAUAUUUUUACCCAGACGGGAAGAGCGUCGAGGAUAACGCAUCGUAUGUCUCGGUUUUUAUAGCGUUGGCGAGUGAAGGGACUGACGUUAGAGCCCUUUUUGAAUUGACGUUGUUGGAUCAAAGUGGGAAGGAGAACCACAAGGUGCACAGCCAUUUCGAGAGAAGACUCGAGAGUGGUCCUUAUACGCUUAAAUAUCGAGGAAGCAUGUGGGGGUAUAAACGUUAUUUUAAAAGAACAGUUUUAGAAACAUCCGACUUCCUAAAGGACGACUGCCUUGAAAUCCACUGUGUAGUUGGUGUUGUUAAGUCCCAUACAGAGGGACCAAAGAUUUACUCCAUAACACCACCACCUUCUGAUAUAGGCCAGCAUUUUGGGAAGCUUUUGGAGAGUGGGAAACUAACUGAUGUGAACUUUGAAGUAGAUGGGGAAACAUUUUCUGCCCACAAGUUAGUUCUUGCUGCGCGGUCACCUGUCUUUAGGGCACAACUCUUUGGCCCUCUGAAGGACCAGAAUACUGAGUGUAUAAAAGUCGAAGAUAUGGAAGCCCCAGUAUUUAAGGCAUUGCUUCAUUUCAUAUACUGGGAUGCUCUACCAGAUAUGCAAGAAAUUGUAGGUUUAAACUCAAAAUGGGCUUCCACUCUGAUGUCCCAGCAUCUACUUGCGGCAGCAGACAGAUAUGCACUUGACAGACUCAAAUUGCUAUGCGAGGCUAAACUUUGUGAGGACGUUGCUAUAAAUACAGUGGCAACGACAUUGGCAUUGGCUGAGCAGCAUCACUGUUUCCAACUAAAAGCUGUAUGUUUGAAAGUCAUUGCAUUGCCGGAGAAUUUGAGAGCUGUAAUGCAAACGGAGGGGUUUGAAUAUUUGAAAGAGAGCUGCCCAUCGGUUCUCACUGAACUACUAGAAUAUGUAGCAAGGGUGACGGAGCAUGCAGUGAUUACUUGCAGCGGGUAUGGAAAUGGAACAGUGUUAGAUGGUAGUUACGUGAAUGGAAGACGGGUAAGGCAGAGGUUGUAUUGAUGAUUUGAUCAUCAUCAAAGCUGUUUACUAACGCCAUUCCAACCAUUUGUCUUCAUGAAUAAGAUAGUAGAGAGAAAGCGAUGUGCACAGAGGUCAUUAUGAUUCAAAACAUGGUCAGUCUGUAAUGCACUAAUGAUUGCUAAUUCACAUUCUAAAUUCUGAGUUUUAGCAUUUAUUUUGGGUAUCCUAUUUGUAAAAAUCUGGAUGUUACGUGUCUGUAGUCUGUAAUUGAUGAAAUGAUAUCGUGUAUUUACCAUAUAUCAGAGAAUUCGAAGUCGCAGGAUUCUGUAGAAA